AUGGCCCCCGAUCCCGGCCCCAACACCAGCUGCCCCAACGCCCGCCGCCCCAACCACCUCCAGCCCCCACCAGCCAUCAUCCACCAAUAUCCCUACAUUGCAAAUUUUCCAGCUGCUUUUCCCUCGGCCAUUCAUUCUGUUCCUGAGAUCAACUCUCCUUCAAUUGCGGUCAUGGUUUUUGUGAAAUAUGCUCGCGAUGUCAAAGCGAUCGUCGUAAAGAUGAGCCAGGAUGGGAAGUCUCUCAAUGCCAUCAAUGAUACAAUUGGGUACACCGUAUCACCCGAUUCUCUAAUCAGAUGGAUCCGGCUCUACCGACAAACGGCGGAUGUGGUCCGGGAUCCCAGCUUGUAUCUUGACCGAGGUCGUCCCUUGGCUUUCACCCGAGAAGAGGCCGAGUUUGUUUUGAACGCAUUGGAGGCCAAACCGACCCUGUACGUGGAUGAGAUCCAGAGCCACAUUCAGGCAAUGACGGGGACUCUCCACCCGGCAAGCACCAUUUUAGCCGAGUUGAAGUUCCGGCUAGAUAUGACCAAGAAGGUCGCGAGGACGGUUAAUCCGGCUCAAAGUGAGAUGGCUCGCGCUGGCUACGUCGAUGAGAUUGGAGGCUUUGACGCCAGCUACCUCGUCUUUCUUGACGAGUGUGGUGUGUCACUUGGCACCCACUCCCGAGACCGAGCGUGGGCGCCCCGCGGGCGUCGUACUCAACGGUUGCCAAGACCGUUGAGAUCCAGCCGAAUCUCCGUAUUGCCGGCGGUCUCUUGCGACGGGCUCCUUGCAAGUAUUGCCCAGGAGGGCACAAUGUGCCGCCUGGACAUGGAGUAUUUUAUCGAGGAGGUCUUGAUACCGGUCAUGAACCCGUUCCCAGGUCCAAACAGCAUCAUUGUCAUGGACAAUGCGCCUAUUCACCACGGCGGUCGGAUCGCCGAGAUUUGUGACGCGGCCGAUGUGUUAUUGUUCUAUCUCCCCCCAUACUCGCCCGACCUCAAUCCCAUCGAGAAAGUUUUCUCGGUCCUCAAGUCGAAGUUGAAACGUGCCGAAAUUUUAACCGGUACCCUGGCGGAUGCCGAGAUCAUCAAGGAUUUCUUGCCUACCUUUGUCACCCCCGAAUUGGUGAGGGCCCUAUUCAGAGGUUGCGGCUAUAGAGCUUGA